AUGGAUGUGGAGCACGGAUUCUAUCGGCAGGUGGAUGUCCAGGACCACGCUCACUACAUCGUUGCCUUCUUUGUCUUGGUGAUCGGAACAGUUGGUGUUACUGGGAACGCCUUGGUCAUGUACGCCUUUUUCUGUAACAAGAAGCUACGGACUCCCCCCAACUUUUUCAUCAUGAAUCUGGCAGUCAGUGACUUCCUCAUGGCAAUUACACAAUCACCCAUAUUCUUUGUUAAUUCUCUUUACAAAGGGUGGAUUUUUGGUGAAACAGGAUGUAAAAUGUAUGCCUUCUGUGGAGCUUUAUUUGGAAUCACCUCCAUGAUAAAUCUUCUGGCAAUCUCUGUGGACCGCUACAUUGUCAUCACCAAACCUCUGCAGGCCAUACAAUGGACCUCCAAGAGACGCACUUGCCUCAUUAUUGCCCUGGUCUGGCUGUAUUCUUUAGCCUGGAGCCUUGCACCGCUUUUGGGGUGGAGUUCAUAUAUACCAGAGGGCCUGAUGACCUCAUGCACGUGGGACUAUGUGACAUCUACUCCAGCCAAUAAAAGCUACACUUUGAUGUUAUGCUGCUUUGUGUUCUUCAUCCCUCUGGGCAUUAUAUCCUACUGUUAUCUGUGCAUGUUCCUGGCAAUCCGCCAUGCAAGCAGAGAUGUAGAGAAGUUGGGGUCUCAGGUGAGGAAGUCAACCCUGAUCCAGCAGCAGUCCAUCAAGACUGAAUGGAAGCUUGCCAAGAUUGCCUUUGUGGUCAUCAUAGUUUUUGUGCUUUCCUGGUCGCCCUAUGCAUGUGUCACCCUCAUCGCCUGGGCUGGAUAUGGAAACAUCCUCAAUCCCUACUCCAAAGCCGUCCCUGCUGUUAUAGCUAAGGCAUCGGCCAUCUACAACCCUUUUAUCUAUGCCAUCAUUCACUCCAAAUACAGGGACACCCUUGCAGAAAAGGUUCCCUGUCUACACUUCCUAGACCAGGCCCCCAGGAGGGACUGCAUAUCAGUGUCACACAGUGAGUCCUCCUUCAGGGACUCGGUGCUGAGCAGACAGUCAUCAAUCUCCAAAAACAAGUUUUACAGAGUUUCAUCCAUGUCUACGACAGACACACAGGUCUGGAGUGAUGUGGAGCUGGACCCUAUUGACCAGAGCCAUUGUUUGAGGUCGAGUUAUUCCCUUGGAGCUCUAAGGGACAAAGAGUACAAAAAAUUGGCUAAGCAGACCAAGGAAAAGGGAAGCCAAAGCCAGGAACAGGUAAGGUAG